AUGACUGUUCCAUGGAUUAACUACAAGGCUGUUGGCUCACUGGAUCCAAAUGCCGACCUGUCCAGCCAGAGGGGAAAAGUGUUCAAACUCCGGAAUGAAACUCACCACCUCUUUGUGGGCCUGUACCCAGGAACCACCUACUCCUUCACCAUCAAGGCCAGCACAGCCAAGGGCUUUGGACCCCCUGUCACCACUCGGAUCGCCACGAAGAUCUCAGCUCCAUCGAUGCCUGAAUACGAUGCAGAUACACCACUUAAUGAAACAGAAACCACCAUCACAGUGAUGCUCAAACCUGCCCAGUCUCGGGGAGCCCCUGUCAGUGUUUACCAGCUGGUGGUCAAGGAGGAGCGACUUCAGAAAUCCCGGAGAGCAGCUGACAUCAUCGAGUGUUUCUCUGUACCUGUGAGCUACCGGAAUGCCUCCAACCUCGAUUCCCUCCAUUACUUUGCUGCUGAGUUGAAGCCCUCCAACUUGCCUGUCACCCAGCCAUUUACAGUAGGAGACAACAAGACGUACAAUGGCUACUGGAACCCUCCCCUCUCCCCAUUGAAGAGCUACAGCAUCUACUUCCAGGCACUCAGCAAAGCAAAUGGAGAGACAAAAAUCAACUGUGUGCGUCUGGCUACAAAAGGUGCUUCCACCCAGAAUUCUAACACUGUGGAACCAGAGAAGCAGGUCGACAACACGGUGAAGAUGGCAGGUGUGAUCGCUGGCCUCCUCAUGUUCAUCAUCAUUCUCCUGGGUGUGAUGCUGACCAUCAAAAGGAGGAAGCUGGCUAAGAAGCAGAAGGAGACACAGAGUGGAGCCCAGAGGGAGAUGGGCCCCGUGGCCUCAGCUGACAAGCCCACCACCAAGCUCAGCACCAACCGCAAUGAUGAAGGCUUCUCCUCCAGUUCUCAGGAUGUUAAUGGAUUCACAGACGGCAGCCGUGGGGAGCUGUCCCAGCCUACCCUCACCAUUCAGACUCACCCCUACCGGACCUGCGACCCUGUGGAGAUGAGCUACCCCCGGGACCAGUUCCAGCCUGCCAUCCGAGUGGCCGACCUGCUUCAACACAUCACUCAGAUGAAGCGAGGCCAGGGCUAUGGCUUCAAGGAGGAAUACGAGGCCUUACCAGAGGGACAGACAGCUUCGUGGGACACAGCCAAGGAAGAUGAAAACCGCAAUAAGAAUCGAUAUGGAAACAUCAUAUCCUAUGACCACUCCCGGGUGAGGCUGUUGGUGCUGGAUGGAGACCCCCACUCUGACUACAUCAAUGCCAACUACAUCGAUGGGUACCACCGCCCCCGGCACUACAUUGCAACCCAAGGUCCAAUGCAAGAGACUGUGAAGGACUUUUGGAGAAUGAUCUGGCAGGAAAACUCUGCUAGCAUCGUCAUGGUCACAAACCUUGUGGAAGUGGGCAGGGUAAAGUGUGUGCGAUACUGGCCAGAUGACACAGAGGUCUAUGGAGACAUUAAAGUCACCCUAAUUGAAACAGAGCCCCUGGCAGAAUAUGUCAUCCGCACCUUCACCGUCCAGAAGAAAGGCUACCAUGAGAUCCGGGAGCUACGCCUCUUCCACUUCACCAGCUGGCCUGACCAUGGUGUUCCCUGCUACGCCACCGGCCUUCUGGGCUUCGUCCGCCAGGUCAAGUUCCUCAACCCCCCAGAAGCCGGGCCCAUAGUGGUCCACUGCAGUGCUGGAGCCGGGAGGACUGGCUGCUUCAUUGCCAUUGACACCAUGCUCGACAUGGCUGAGAAUGAAGGGGUAGUGGACAUCUUCAACUGUGUGCGUGAGCUGCGGGCACAGAGGGUCAACCUGGUGCAAACAGAGGAGCAGUAUGUGUUCGUGCAUGACGCCAUCCUGGAAGCAUGCCUCUGCGGCAACACGGCCAUCCCUGUGUGUGAGUUCCGCUCUCUCUACUACAACAUCAGCAGGCUGGACCCCCAGACUAACUCCAGUCAGAUCAAAGAUGAGUUUCAGACACUCAACAUUGUGACACCCCGAGUGCGGCCUGAGGACUGCAGCAUCGGUCUCCUACCCCGGAACCAUGAUAAGAAUCGGAGCAUGGAUGUCCUGCCUCUGGACCGCUGCCUGCCCUUCCUCAUCUCAGUGGAUGGAGAGUCCAGCAAUUACAUCAAUGCGGCACUGAUGGAUAGUCACAAGCAACCUGCCGCCUUUGUGGUCACCCAGCACCCUCUCCCCAACACUGUGGCAGACUUCUGGAGACUGGUGUUCGAUUAUAAUUGUUCCUCUGUGGUGAUGCUGAAUGAGAUGGACACUGCUCAGCUUUGUAUGCAAUACUGGCCUGAGAAGACCUCCGGGUGUUAUGGUCCCAUCCAGGUGGAGUUCGUCUCCGCAGACAUUGAUGAGGACAUCAUCCACAGAAUCUUCCGUAUCUGUAACAUGGCUCGGCCACAGGAUGGUUACCGUAUCGUCCAGCACCUCCAGUAUAUUGGCUGGCCUGCAUACCGGGACACACCCCCUUCCAAGCGCUCUCUGCUCAAAGUGGUCCGACGGCUGGAGAAGUGGCAGGAGCAGUACGAUGGGAGAGAGGGACGCACUGUGGUCCACUGCCUAAACGGAGGCGGCCGCAGCGGAACCUUCUGUGCCAUCUGCAGUGUGUGCGAGAUGAUCCAACAGCAGAACAUCAUCGAUGUGUUCCACAUCGUGAAAACACUGCGCAACAAUAAGUCCAACAUGGUGGAGACACUGGAACAGUAUAAAUUUGUAUAUGAGGUGGCGCUGGAAUAUUUAAGCUCCUUUUAACCCAGCUGGAUGAGAAACCUGCCAGAGUCCAGAGGCUGCUUAUUGCAGUUGACCCUCUUUUUCUGUGACUGACAAUGACUGGUCUCAGGAGUUCGGAGGUGGCACACCUGCCCAACUCCAAGAAGAAGACUGGUGGUCUCACCAUGGGCUCUGCCAUGGGCUCUGCAGCUUCUGGCGGGUCUUCUGUAGCUGUGGGAGAUGCUGCUCUGAUGGGGCCGAGCUUCCCUUCUACACCUGAUGACAUUGGGCCCACAGAAGUUUACACUCAAACAAGGCCCUGGACUUUCGAUCCCCAGACCUCUUGCUUUUGUUCUUUCUGAGUUUGUUAAUCUCAUGGCAAGCGGACUGUGCAGGUGAUGGGGUGUGGGGAGCUGGCCAGCCCUUCCCUUGCUGUCCUUAGGAAGACUGGGGUGAAAGUUCUUCUUCAUUCUAUCUUGCAAAGGAUAGUAAUUUGGGGGAAUCACUGGGUUAUUGGGUUCUACAAUGUCCUACAAGGGUCUCUGGCAUGAGCCACUUGCCAGUCUGUAUCAGUGUGACUUCUGGAUACCUCCCCUAGACCAUAUCAGGGGUCCUCUUCAUCUCACACCUAACCUGUGCUGGGUUUGACUCAUGACUCCUAUCUCCAGCCAAGACCUGACCUUCUGUAUUCUCCUGGCCAACCAGCUAUUUCCACAUUAUACUUGGGAAAGGGUUUCCUCUGCUUUUCCAUAGUGUGUAGGGGAGGAGGAUUCAUAGGAAAUGUUGCAGUACCUUUUUUAACUUUGUAGAAAGGACCACUCUCCUGGGCAGGUUCUGACUGGCCUGUGUGGUAUAACCCUGUGCUCCCUAGGUGGUACUUUCUGUAUGAAAGACAAACAAGAAAAGCUUUGAUUGUUCUCCCAAGUACAUGUGAAAAGAAAGAGUAUGAGAAUAUAAACCCUGUAUUCUCUUCUGUCAGAAAAAAAGAAAGGAAGAAAAGAAAAAGGUAGGAUGGCAGUUUGAGCGUGCGGCUGUAAGAUACAUUUCUUGGGCUUAUCAUGUCCCCUGGCCAUUCCCUUGAAAAGUCCCACUGAUAACACAGCCUUUGAACAAGUGAGGUGGCAUCCCUGGGAGUGGUCCCUGGUUUGGGGGGAAAAUACGGAAACAGCUUUAUAAUUUGUCUUUCCAAAUUUGAACACUUCCCUAAAGAAAUCCGGCUGCUGUUUUGAAAAUGGCUACUGUGGCCCCCAGGUUGAUUUUCAAUACAUUAAGCAGGUUUAGGCCCUGAAGCUUUCCUGCAAGCCAAGUGCCAUUCUUCUCCCCUCCCAUAUGACAUCUCAUCGCACCCCUGAAAAGGGUUUGCAUCACCUUCAUUUUGUAAUUGAAGAAACCCGAGCACCUUCUUCAGUGGUGGAAUUCAGGAUUCAAAAAGACAGGUGAUAGCAAUGAAACCUCCCUGCCAUUUUGUUCAUGCUUUCCCAGCCACACGGUUAUUUAAUGGACGAAAAAUAAGGCUCGAAACUUCUGAGCAGAGAGAGAACUCCAUGAGUAGAAAAUUCAAUUCUUUCUUUCUGCUAUCAGUUCUUCUCGGUAGCCCAAACUUUCAGAAAUAUUUUUAUUAACUCAUUCCCAGUUCCCCAGGAAAGCUAAUCUUAUCUAAUUUCUUCAUUGCUAAAAACAAUUCUCAUGUUCCCUCAGGGUCCAAGGGAGCCAGGCUGGGAAUCUCUCUAGCCUGGGCUGAGCCACAAUAUUUGACAGCCUUAAUAGCCAGGGGUCUAGAAAGGUCUAUCUCGCAGACUGAUCUAGCCGCAAAGUAUGAGGGACACAGAAUCCAAUAAGGUACACAUUGCCCUUCAGGCUCACUGUAUACUAGGAAAGUUGAGCCACAUUGUAAUAGUAGAACAUACAAGCGUCCUAUGAGCCUAGACAUGAGAGUAACUCACUCUGCCUAGCAACAUCCCUCCCAGCUGGGUCUCAACAGAUAGAACAGAAAAAAGGAAAUUCAAGCCAAGGGGGUUAAUGUGCACAAUGGUAAAGAGAAGUAAGAAAGUAUCAGGAGGGACAGAUGGUGGGAGGUCAGCGCAGCUAGAAUAGAGCAGGACAGGGAUAACAGCAGGAAGGCAGCCAGAGCCAGGGAGGAAAUAUAAAGAGCGUGCAUGGUCAUCACCCUGCAGGCAACAAGAAGCUGGCAGAGCUCAACAGUGAUGCACUCAGCUUAGUCUGGGAGAAGGCUCCUCUGGACCAGUAGUACAGCAUCUUUUCCUUUCAUCAGACACUGUGAAAACAUCCUCCUCUGCGUGUGCUUUUAAUGUUACCUGUGAGUGAGGGUGUGUGUGUGUGUGUGUGUGUGUGUGUGUGUGUGUGUGUGUGUGUUCAUUAUUUUGUUGCUGGAACAAAUAUGGAGUGGAUCAUGAAACUCAGCUCUUGUGUAAAACACCAGGUCUCUGCUCUACCAUGUAACAGGGUCAACAACCCUGACUUCUAAACCUACAAGGACAAGAUAUAAAAGGAAACCAGGAAGUCAACUUCCAUUGGCAUGAGCCCAGGAGCUCUCUAGAAGUUCAAGAACACCAGACUUGAUCAAGGAAGGCUGUCACUUUAGAGGUUCAAAAGAAAACAACUCAAAGCAAAGGCAAUCAAAGGGGUCCCAUGAUUCAUUCUUCUCCUUUGAUGGGCCUCUUACCAGGUAGAUUUGAGUCUAUCCACAGGCCCCAGCCCCUACUGGUCCUUCUGGUUUCUUGUGGCUCUUGUCUCCUAUUCCAAACGGACUUCCCUAUAGCCUGCAGGAGUCCAUAGCAUAACCAAUUAGCAUGUUGCAUGCUAUUUUCUCAGAUCUUGGCCAGUUCCAACAGGAAGUGGGCAGAGGAAGGAUUAUUUCAUAGAAAUCCUAGAAGUCAUUCUGCUGAGGAAGGGGUGAAGGAGCAGAGAGAUAAAGAUGACAGUGGUCUCUAUCAUUUCAAACGGUGGGAAUUUGAAGAGUAACUUCAGGGGGAAAGAAAUGUGUGAAAAUUCAGGCCAUGCUGAGGGAACUCACCAAGGGUUAGCCCAUCCCCUUAUUUUCUCAUAACCCAAUCACCCUCAAAGAAAGUGGUCUUAGGCCAGUGUGCACAAAAAGAAAAUGAGGCACGUGGAUAGAAAUGAUAUUCUUCAGAUUCAUGUGGAAAACGUGCAGAAGGGCUUAGAUGAAAUGAAGAUGGUACUAAGAAAUUUAUAAGGUAUUUUCGCCCAGGAAACCUCCCUGGGAAAUCCACCUUCCAAGAGUCUCGUCUCACUUCUAUUAUAGAAUGAGCUCAUCUUUACAUGAGCCAAGAAAGGGUGCCAAAGAGAAUGCUUGCUUAGCAAGAUCUUCCUAUUGGUCUCUAUUGGAAUCUAACUGGAGAAGGCGCAAGACAUAAAUGAGAUACCAUCAGCUGUCCUCACUUGGGUGUGUUUAUGGCCUGCAUGGCUUCAGGUUGGACCACAACUGCAUCCCAGCAUCAUGUUAUCUUACCUCUGCUGAUAGGAUUAUCAUGGAGGAGGUAGGGGCCUGUCAGCCUCUAGACAGCCAUGGCACAGCCCUUUUUAUAGGAAUGGAGGAGGCCACUUGCUUCAGGUGUUUACCCUCACUGAGGGACUGAGCAAUCAAUGUCACCUACUCUAUGGAGCCAGCAGACUCUACUGUAGACUCGAAAACAUGAGUUCACCCUUCCAACACUUCUGAAGUGUCUGUGACUAUGGCCAUCACUACUUUGCUGGCAAGGAAAAAAAUCUAGAGGGAGAACUCACUUGCCCAUAUAAGCAAAUUUUACCUGGUUUUCUGAGCACAGAGACAAUAUUCUUCCACCUUGGUAUCUGGGAUUUUUCCUACAUGAUUACUCUUAACAACAGAAAUAAGGGUGAAACGAAUGACUCAGUAGAUAGUGAUAAGGCCCAGUGAAGACAAUGGUCAGCUUCAAAUUCCUUUAGAGACUCAUGUUUUACAUUCAUAACAUAUUUGAAUUCCAUUUGCUAAUUUAUUCUCUGUAGUUUAAAUAUGACUGCAUAAUAUAUAUUUUUUUAAAUCUGCCCUUUAUCUCAUACAUCUCUCUGAUGGACCUUGGGGAAUAUCUCUGUUCAAGGCAUAGCACCUAGUCUUGUUCCUUCCUCCCAAGGUCAAUUUUAUACUCAAGUUCACAUCAACUUAUACUCCCCUAAGCACACUGAUUGCUGUGUGCAUAUCCUGACUGCACUGCUCCUGAGAUUCAGCUUAGGUCUCUUCUUCUUACAGAGGGUUCUGCAAGGUACCUACUGACAGAUUAGAAUAAUGAGGACUUACCUGCCUGGCAUGGUGAAGGUUGAGUCCACAAAACAAGGAGAAACAAGAAGAUCCUUGACUACUGAGAAGUGCCUAUUGUCUUAUUUGAGUCCUAUGGCUUUCGAUGUGGGCAAAUCUUAGGAUACAUGUCACACAAACAUUUGGAAUCUUAGACACCCUUCGCUUAGCUCUAUACAAUUCUUGGGUUCCUAUACCAUCCAGCACUCUAGACGGGUACCACUAGGAAGGACAGAUCACUAUGGCAUGGUACAGCAUGGUAAGUAGGAUAAGAUCUUGCUCUUUGAUUUGAACUCCAACUUCACCAGUUUUGGACAUUAAAUUAUCAGGCUGAACAAUACAUGGAAAAAUCCUUGGACAGGUUAGAAGUGGUUAAUCUGGAAGGCUAGGGUAGGAAAACAGGAAGGCAAAUUGAAACUCAGUGUCUUCUCAGAAGCAAGGAUGUUUAUGGGAUGUGGAGCUGAGUGAUAAAUGAUGUGGAGGAUAGAAUAAAGAACGUCACCCUUCUUUAGCCUGUCGCUGGCCACCCCUGCUAACCCUCAGCACCAAGCUAAAACAUAUGAUAUGUCUAGCUCCAAGGCUAAGCAUGAACAAUAUGUUGAUCCUAUGCCAUAAAAGUCAAUAGAUUAUUCUGAGCUGAGUUCCCUAAGAAUGAGUCACCAACCCAGGCUGAUAGACAAGACAAAAGAUACAAUGGAGAGAUAACUGUGUCAUUUGAAAGCCCUGACUUGCCUUUCCCAUUGACCAAUCAAUGUGAAGCCCUCCUUAGCCUCUUGCCAGCUCUAACAUACAGCCACAUAUGGCAGAAAAGUGGGAAAAGUGAAUUCAACCAUAGACCAACUAGGAUUCUGCCUCGUUUGUAUGGGUUCCCUGUGUGAGAUCGUUUCUAGAUACAUAUCAAAAUAUCAAAAACUACAAAACUCAGAGCCUUCCCUUUGCCUAACAUGGUGUCACCUUUAAAAUCCUAUCCUUUCUGAAAGGCGGGGGGAGUUGAUAGACAUUGGGGAAAAAGGAAAAGAUCUAACUCGAGUUUUCUCUGACACAUAUUUCCGGGUUGUGAAGCUGAUCCUCAGAACACACCACAGAUAUCUCUGUCAUUUCUCUGUAUGAGAAUAGGCUCUUUGAGUUUCUUGGUAAUCUUGGGUAGACUCUUGUAUGACAGUGGCUAUAUAACUGUAUUAUGGAGACCAAGACCACCUCUUGCAUACUUCCUGGCAAUGUCCACAAGGGGUGGAAAAGCUGUCAAAGGACCACAUUCACCCCUAAAUUCCAUCCAUGAAUGUUAGGUGUCCCACAGGUGGAGUCAGCAUCCACAUUGGUAGGCCCCCAAACCUGGUACCACUUUACCUAACAUGGAUCCACCUAAGAGCUUAGUGGAAGUCUGCUGCAGCUGGUACAGGAGAUAGUCAAGGACUAUAGAUUGGAAGACAGUCUAUAGAGAAGACUUUGAAAGGUGGUUAACCAUGAGGCUUCCUUCUGGAUCUGAGAACCACUCUAGAUGGUAAAAUGAAGACUCUUUGUUGGAAAGUUCAGAGAAUAAAGCCUAGGGGCCCUGGAAUAUUAACAAAGUAAUUGUAUGAGAUCUGGGCCAUGGAGGGUACCUAAUGUGGGUCAUGGUUCUUCAGUGAGAAUAACUUCUAAGGGCUUUGCGUGCAAAUUCAUGUUAGUCUAGAAAAAUGUCACUCUCCUGAAGGGACAGGCAGGAUACCAGUAUCCAUAAUCUUCAUAAGACUGCGGAUGCUUGGAUAGAGUCAAGCAGAGUUUGCUACCCUGGUGAUUCCUAUGGGGGGUGCUAAGAUGAAUGAAGAAACAGGGCCUGUAAGGAAGAACUUGAGACUGUCCCAGUGGCUAGUUAACCAUUUCAUGCUUCCCAGCGGAAGCUGGACUUCUCCAUCAGCUGGUGUGAAGAAGCAGCUUUGCUGUGCAAACUUCAAAGUCAGUUUCACCUUGGCUGGGCAAAUCCUCGCAGAGUAAGAGUCGUGUUUGAACCGGUCCCUGCAAACUGUAAGCUAAGCAAGUCGUGCUUGAUAUGUGAGGUAGAAGCCCCCCUACUUUCCAAUCCAAAAGCAGCCUUAGCUGUGUAUGGUUACCGCCAAUCACAGGGAGCAGCUCCUUGGCCAUACACCUGAUGCUUACUGAGAAGGACAGCCAUCACCCAGACUCACUGGCUAUAAAGGCUCUCAGUGACAGCCAGAACCAAUAAAAGUCCAGGCAGGAGUCGGAACAAGACUUCGCUUCCUGCUAACUCCAAAGGUUGAUUCAGCCUUCAGUCCCUACUCAAGGCCUGUAGGAAAAGAUUUCAAAAGCACAGUGAUUCUGUGGGCACCCAAUCAUGAUCAUUCCCAAUGCAUACAUUUUAUUACCAAUUGGAUCUUGGGAUAGCCCAGGUUAACUCAUAUUUGCAAACAGGCUCAAAAUCACAUUCUACCUUCUCUCUCAACCCUAUAUCCUAGAAGCCAAUCAAAGGUCCAGUCAUAGAUAGCCUCUAUGGUUGCCUUGGCUAGUGGCUACCAGUACAGCUAUCCAGGGGCUAUCAUGAGGUCCCCAGUCUAUACUAGGGAGGCUGACAUUUUCAUACCCAUGUGGCGUAUGAUAUCACAUGAGACCAAAGUCUCCACACUAUUUGAAGCCUCCACAAAUUCCAGUGGCCUGCACUUGUACAGUUUGGGUGUUUGAUAGAUAAAGCACGUAUGAGAAGAGAAAACAAAAUAAAUCAACUUCAAAAACUAAAGCCAGCACUGUGCUGUCAAUUUUUUUGUUUUGUUUUCUUGUUUUUUCCUUUUUCUUUCCAGUUCUAGCUUCAAAAAACAGAAGGUAAAUAAUGUCAGGUCAAUGAAUAUCAAAUAUAUUUUUUGACUGUACAUUAAAGUGACGUGUAAUCUUUUUACACCUGCAAGUCCAUCUUAUUUAUUCUUGUAAAUGUUCCCUGACAAUGUUUGUAAUAUGGCUGUGUUAAAAAAUCUAUACAAUAAAGCUGUGACCCUGAAGUUCA